GACCUCCCCUUUAACAUGGCGUCAAAGCCAAUGGGCGCUUUUUGGCGGGCUUUGGAGUUUGAACGAACGGACGGCGGCAACGGCAACAAGAUGGCGUCCGCGGCGGUGGCGGUGAUGGUGACGGCCGAGCUGCUUAAAGAGGUAGAAUCAGCAAGAAAUCUCCCUAAAACAGAGGAAUGUACAACAGAGGAAGGCCCUACUGUCGUUCAGCAUGCGAUGGGUUUUCGGAGGAACCAGAAGAUGACGUUUCGGCAGCUGAAGACUUGUGCUUUGUUGUUGGAUCUGGUGAAAAACAGUGAUGCUACCACGAUUAAAGAAAUCACACAGCAGCAGGACAUCCAGCUGAAAGUCAAUGAAACGAGGCAGAGGUGGAAGAGUUUGAAGUCGGAAUCUCGAGUGCAAGAAGAGGAGUUGCAAAACAUCUCCACAAUCCUGCAGAAAUUCCAAGCUUUGGAGACGAAGCAGCAAACUCUGAGGGAAGCUGUGCAGCUGUAUGAAGCAAAGAAACAACAGCUUGAAGAGGCUGCUCAACGGAAGAGGUUACAGCAGAAGGAGAAGCAGAAACUUGGAUUGGGUGAAGAGAAGAGUCGGAUUGAGCGUGGAAUUGAGGAGUGCACUCUGUCUAUCAGCAAAUGUCGAGCUUUAAUACAACAGGCACAAAAGGCAGUCCAGCAACUGGCCAGGAAAAGUGGCUUCAGUGAGAGAGUCAGCCCGUGUGAUGUCCGCACACUGUCACAGCUCCAACAGGUUCUGAAGACCCAGUCAGGUGUGGAAAUCCUUGGGCUCUCCGAAGACCAAGUGAGGCUUCAGUUUGAUCCCUGUGCGUUGAUCUCACUGACUAAGCUCACUCCUCUCGUGCUGACCGUGACCUGGACUGACAAUGGGGCGGCAAAGCUCGAGACCAACUGUGCCUUCCUUGACCUGUCUGAAAUGGAGUUCGUUGAUCUGCCAAACGUCACAGCUGAGAUCUGGAAACGUUACAUGAGCCAAGCGGAACUCUGGGGGGAAAUCCAGGACUUGCAAAACAGGUAUGCCAUUGAUUGGCUGGAAGAUGAACGGAAGAUGAAAUUUCUGCAUUGGAGAGCUGGCCGCUCCUCUAACAUAGUUUACACUUUGUAUGUUGAGCACGGUUACCCUAGCGACGGCGAGGUUAAACUCUGCUCCAUCCAAGAAAACAAUUGUCUGGUUGAACUGGUGAUUAAGAUACAAGUCAUGCAAUGUUGAACUGCUGGCAUUCACCAUCCAUGGUGUUGUUGAAAGGAGAGACGCAUACACACAAAUAUCAGUACAGGAAAUAAAUUUAUUUUUUUAAUGGAACAUUUGAGUAUAAUUGUUUGGUGACAAAGAAAAAACUAUGUAACUGGUUGAUAAUUGAGCCAAUUGCUGAAAUACAGCUUCUUUCUCUUGAGCAAGCUUAUUAAUGCAUUGACUGGCCUCUAAAUAAACAAAAACAUUUUGAAAGAAA